CGAUCUUAUUCUGUGUAUAUUGUCCCACACACUCACCAUCUUUGUUAGAGCAAGUUACGACCCUCCUUAAAUACACACAGGAAUUCAAUUUAAUUUACUACGUUCCCAAGUACAGUUUACAACCCACGCCACCACCUCUGCCUUUGUCUGUAAGCAGGAAAAUGAUGAAGACCUUCGCAGCUAAGGUUGAGGAAGGAAUAGAAGGUAAAAAUGGCAUACUAUCUCUUGGUCCAGUGUACAGGAACCUUCUCUCCAAAAAUGACUUUCCUCCAAUGGAUCCUGAUUUCAGCACCGCUUGGGAUAUUUUCAGUGUAUCCGUGAAAAAUCAUCCACAAAAUCGGAUGCUUGGAUGGCGUGAAAUUGUUGAUGGAAAUAUAGGACCAUAUGUUUGGAAGACAUACAAGGAUGUUUAUGAUGAGGUUCUGCAUAUUGGCUCUGCUUUAAGAGCAUCUGGUGCUGAAGCUGGCUCAAGAAUUGGAGUUUAUGGAUCAAAUUGCCCCCAAUGGAUUGUAGCAAUGGAGGCUUGUGCUUCUCAAAGCUUUAUUUGUGUGCCUCUCUAUGACACCCUUGGGCCUGGUGCUGUAAAUUUUAUCAUAGAUCAUUCAGAUGUAGAUUUUGUUUUCAUCCAAGAUAAGAAGGUUAAAGAGCUUUUGAAUCCUGAUUGUAAAUCAGCUCAGCGGCUGAAAGCCAUGGUGUGCUUCAGUUCAUUAACAGAGGAAGAGAAAAAGAGGGCCUCCUCGAUUGGAAUUAAGUCAUUUUCAUGGGACGAGUUCUUGCAAAUGGGGAAAGAAAACCCGUCAAGUAUAGUUCCACCUCAGGCUCAUAAUACAUGCACAAUCAUGUACACAAGUGGGACAAGUGGAGAACCAAAAGGUGUUGUUUUAUCGCAUGAAAAUGUAGUGGCUUUAGUAAGAGGAAUGGAUCUUUUCAUGGAACAAUUUGAAGACAAGAUGACAGUGAACGAUGUGUAUUUAUCGUUCCUCCCAUUAGCUCAUAUCCUUGAUCGCACAAUUGAGGAGUAUUUUUUCAGAAAGGGUGCAUCUGUUGGCUACUAUCAUGGGGAUCUGAAUGCUUUGAGGGAUGAUUUAAUGGAGUUAAAGCCAACACUGUUUGCUGGUGUCCCCCGGGUUUUUGAGAAAGUUUAUGAAGGUAUCAAGAAAGCAGUUUCAGAGCUCAAUCCAGUGAGGAGAAAAGCCUUUGACAUCCUCUACAACUACAAACUUGGUUGGAUGAAAAAAGGAUAUAAACAGAGAAAUGCAUCACCAUUAGCAGAUCUAUUAGCCUUCAGAAAGGUCAAAGCUAGGCUAGGAGGGCGUGUUCGAUUAAUAAUAUCUGGAGGAGCAGCCUUGAGCCCUGAGGUGGAGGAAUUCUUGCGCGUCACUUCUUGUGCAUUUGUAUGCCAAGGUUAUGGUUUGACAGAAACAAGUGGAGCCACAACUACUGCAUUUCCUGAUGAAAUGUGCAUGAGUGGAACUGUUGGUGUUGUAUCUGUAUACAAUGAAAUUCGGUUGGAGGAGGUUCCAGAGAUGGAUUACAAUCCUCUUGGAACUCCUCCAUGUGGUGAGAUAUGUGUGAGAGGGAAAACUGUUUUCACUGGCUACCACAAAAGUCCUGAGUUAACAAGAGAGGUCAUUAGAGAUGGAUGGUUUCACACAGGGGACAUAGGAGAAAUUCUUCCUAAUGGUGUCGUUAAGAUCGUUGACAGGAAGAAGAAUCUUGUUAAGCUUUCUCAAGGAGAAUAUAUAGCACUUGAGCAUCUGGAAAAUGUUUAUGGAAUCACUCCAAUAGUUGAAGAUAUAUGGGUUUAUGGGAACAGCUUCAAGUCAAUGCUGGUUGCAGUUGUAGUUCCAAAUGAAGAAUUUACCAAUAAGUGGGCAUAUUUAAAUGGUCACAUAGCUCCUUUCUCCCAACUCUGCUCUCUUGACCAAUUGAAGACAUAUGUGCUUUCUGAGCUCAAGUCCACUGCUCAGAGAAACAAGCUGAGGGGCUUUGAAAAUAUCAAAGGGGUCAUAAUAGACCCGCGUCCAUUUGACAUGGAAAGAGACUUGGUGACUGCAACACUAAAGAAGAAGAGAAACAACAUGCUCAAGUAUUAUCAGAUGGAGAUAGAUGAACUAUACCAGAGUUUGACCGGACAGAAGCACAAAAUUUGAGGUUGCUAGACAUGGAUAUGCCUAUUUAGUAGUCCUCUGUAUCAGUUAUUCCUGUUGCCAAAACUACCACCUGUAUCCUCCUAGUAUCCAGUGCUAUCAUUUGUUGUAAAAAAAAUAGUGUGCGUGUUCUAUCCAUUUCCCAUGGAGACUUUAUGAGUGAGACAUGAAUAAUAACAGAUAAUUUGUUUCAAAAA